AUGGGAAUAUUGAAUGGCAACCUACCCUUGGCUAGUUUACGAUUGAAGGACGAUGAUCUACCAACAGAAACGUCUAUUGAACAAAAACGAACAGAAGACGCAGUAUUAGAAAAAUUCGUACCCUACGCUCCUCAUAAUCCUUCAAAGCAUUCUUUAGACACCAUCCAGUUGGAAAGAAAAAAGCAUCUUUCUUACUUGAAAAAAGCACUCAAAGGUAUCGGUAGUUGGGGAGCGGCUUUGGAUGCCAGCAAACCAUGGAUGCUUUACUGGAUAUGCCAUUCAUUAGAUCUUUUAGAAUUCCAAUUCACACCCGACCUUAUUGACAAGGCCAUCCAAACGUUGAAGCAAUGGCAAUUACCAAGCGGUGGAUUUGGGGGUGGAGGGGACCAGCUCGCCCAUUUGGCCACGACGUAUGCCGCUGUGAACGCGGUGGCGAUCCUUGGCACGCCCGAAGCCUACGCGUUGAUCGACAGACGCAGCUUGUAUCAAUUUUUAUUACGCAUGAAACAGCCAGAUGGCUCCUUCACGAUGCAUGAAGGCGGCGAGAUUGAUAUUCGAGGGUCGUAUUGUGCAUUAUCUGCAGCUGCACUCACUCACUUGUUGACACCAGAACUGACAGAGAAUUGCAUUGAAUUCAUUCAGCGCUCACAGACGUACGAAGGCGGCAUUGGCCCCUAUCCGGGCAAAGAAGCACAUAAUGGGUAUACUUUUUGUGGUUUGGCUGCGAUGGAGAUCGUGGGCGGUGUGCACACACUGGAUGUGGAUCAAUUGACCACUUGGUGCUGCGGACGACAAAUGCAAUUAGAGGGCGGUUUUCAAGGAAGAACAAACAAGUUGGUGGAUGGCUGUUAUUCGUUUUGGGGAGCAGGCGAUUUUCCGAUAUUAAAAGCUGAAUUAGACAGACAACAGUUACAAAGUGAGGAUUAUUUGUUAGAUAGAGAAGCUCUACAAGAAUACAUUCUUUUAUGCUGUCAGUCAGAGUCUGGCGGUCUGAUUGAUAAGCCCGGCAAAGGGCCAGACUUUUAUCAUACAUGCUACUGUUUAUCAGGCCUGUCUACAGUUCAGCAUCACGUACAGUAUCACGAUGUGCAACUGGCUGUGGGGGACGCCAAAAGCACUGCAGAUGGGUUACGGUCGUUGUUAUGGACAAGUAAAAAUGAAUACAUUAUUGUAGGCGAUGUGGACAAUUUGUUAGCAGCGACGCAUCCAGUGCAUAAUAUCACUUUGAGAGCUGCCCGAAAUAUAAUACACCACUUUUACAAGGAAGAGAUAAAAUCCAUACAAGACUUAUUGCCAAAGGAUGAAGAAAUCACACUCUAUGCCGCAGAAGAAUAA